AGCAGCUUGAACGUCAGCUUAUGUUGCUUAUGCACUGAUUACCCGAAUGCCGAAAUGUGGGCCGUGAGUUGGACCGCCGCCUACUUGUUUGCCGUUUCUUUCUUCAGUGCAAUCACUACUACUCUCCACUUGGUAACGGCUAUCCUUCGUCCGGGUCCGUUACCGGAGCCAUUUAAGUAUUCCUAUGGAGUACUUUAUAACUUGAUGGCAGGUACUUUGAACGCUUUGUUAGGAGCUGUUGCGGCUACCUUUGAUGGACGACGAUUUGCUCCCGAUCUUCCAGCCUAUGCCGCAGCUGGAACAGUAGGUUUGGCUAGUGGAAUUUUAUAUGUGGCAAGUGGAGUGAUGCUCUUCUCGAGAAGUGGCUCGUCUCACCGUUCCCGUCAUUAAACAUUUAGAAAUUAUGUCGAGAUUUAUUAUUUUCUGAUGUUUUCCGAAUUCCUAAUUGUAGAAUGGUGUCUUAACUCUUUCUUUUAGUCGAUGGAAUUUUUCAGUGCAUGAAACUGAUGAAAUGUGAAAUAAAUUCUGUUUUUAUUAUAUAGAUAAAGCAUAAACUAUUAUUCGAAUGAAUAAA